AUGCCGUUUACUAAGCAGCAGAUCGCUAGAUUCGAGGCUAUCAGGAAGAAGAAUGCCAACCUAGACCAGUGGCACCAGGACCGAAAAAAGACCUUCAAAGAACGACACGAGCAGUACAAGGAACAGAUGGAACAUUCAAAUGUGAUUCUUAGUUACCCUCACUGGGUAAUGAGUGAGCGGUUAAGAAGACAGGACCCAGAACUCUAUGAACGCUGGUACAACGAGAUGCAGUCCACCGGCAUCGAAACACCCGUACCUAAAUCUACCAAGUCUCACGUUGAACACCAUGUUGAAGCCACCAUGCACGUACUAAAGAGAGCUGCUGAACACAACGUCGAUCUGGAUGCGUCACCACCCAAAAAGACGUCCUUUAUGAUCGAUGACUUACUAGACGUUUCUCCACCGUCUCCUCCUCCUCAGCCAUCUACCAGCGGAUGGAAACGCAAGUUAGAACCUGCCCAAAGUAACAUUCCUGAGAAGCGAUCCCAUGACGAGGAGCUUGAAGACAUACUUGCUGAGUUACGCGCACCAGAGAUACCGGAAGAAGUACUCACACAAGUUGCUGAGACCGCCGAAGACGAAGUCUUUAUCAGCGAUAUCAUUCACAAGAUCAAUAGUACCGACAACCUAUGGACGUUCAUCUAUAGGGGUCCUCCACCUACUAUUGUUAGUAACAGUCGUGUUAGUGCAAUCAUAAUACAACACUCAGACCAUUAUCAUGUCGUUUUCCAAGCGCUGCCACAAAACCGAAAUCGUUCAUUACAACGCAUCCUCCAAGUUAUGGGUAUUCCCUCUACCUUUACCUUUGAUGUUCUGGCCACGUUACAACCGGUAGUCGAUUGGUUUCGCUUCGCUCCGUAUCUCGCCCGCACAGGGUAUUCCGUUCAGGUACUAGGCAAGCACUUACAACACUUGGCACAACACAUUGGCCUGACACCCGUAGACCAAAAAGAUUGUGCCACACUGAACCGCGAGUCUCGUAAACAACAACAUUCCAAUGUUAACAGAACUAAGCGCACAAACCUGAUUGACGAACUGAUCGAUGUUCACCGGUGUACGCACCUCAAAGAGUUGAAACGCUGUCUGACUCGUAAACAACGCCUUGCCAUUUACAACGAGUUCGGCAUGCAAUGGGAAGAAUCCGCUAAGAUGUGCAUUGAGGCAUUCAACGAAGAGCUUUUUGAGCGCCAGACACACAUAUCUUUUGAAGAGUAUAUGCGCGAAAACAAUCACAUGUCAGUAUGUGCCCAUCCCAAGACUUUGGACGAUCCAUUUCUGGAUAACCUGCUGGCAGCCAAUAACAUCGACAAAGAUAAGUUUUGUACCGCUGUUCACGAGGUCAUGAAUAAAAAAGUCGACAGACUCAAUACACUGUGCAUAGAGGGGCCCACAACCACAGGCAAGUCACUCGUCCUCAAGAUGAUUUGUCAAAACUAUCACUGUGGGACCGUUCAGAGAUCAGGCGACCACUCACAGUUUUUCCUACAAAACCUGAUCGAUAAGUCUGUGGCCCCCAUGGAAGAACCGCGAAUUACCCUGGCUACUGUUAACGACUUUAAGGAGCUACUUGGAGGAAGCCCAUUCGACAUCCAUGUUAAACAUUCACCUGAUGUGACCUUGAACAGACUGCCUUUCGUGUCGGAUCUCCGGAGUUGCCUAAACCACGGAGUACUCUCUGCGCCUGCUAUUUCUCCUCCUGGUAUGGCAAGUGGUGGGAAGCGAAUCCUUGUCGAUUCGACGAAUGAAGAAGAUGGAUCCGGAGAGACAGGACCUGCCACCGCGAAACGUAUCCGACUAUUACGACCAAGAUACAACACAACGACGAUCACCAUCACCAGAAAGCAGCACAUUACCAUCAACCAGUACAAGCCUGCAGAUACCUCCAGUACCUACGCCAUUACCUGCCUUCCUCUUUCCACCUUUGAAUUCUGGGCUCUGCAGUCAGAUCAACAAUUCGCUGAACCCUUCGACUCCCUACGACAAGCCUUCCCUUUGUGCUCUUUCAAUCAUGCUACACUACGCUUAUCACAUUACAUACCUCUUCAGAAAUCUCUACAAGGCUCUAACGCUGUUGACGUCACAUCCUUUAACAGCGCUCCCUAUAUGUACAUAGCCGAAGAUGAUACCGGCCUCAUCAACACUAUCCCUACCGCUGUUACUGAACAAGCCCUUCUAAAUCAAGACUGCAAAGUAUACUCUGCUACCUAUUGGAACUUUGCCAGUGACCAAGGCCUCCUUGCGUGCAAUAAUGUACAAACACUGUCAGCAAAUGAAGUAUAUGUCAAGAGGUACGACUUUGACCACAACGGUAAAUUCCUCGUUACCACUCCUACUGCUACUCCACGAGGGUUUGUGUACAUGCCUGGGGACUAUUACAACAACACCAGUCCCUACAAGUACCUUCCCUUUUGGAAAAAGUUGGCUACAACCACCAGUGUUCCUACAGAUCCUGCAACCUUGGUUCCAAACUACGUCGCAUUUAGCCCCUAUGCACACUCUCCAGCCCAUCUUCCUCUUCCUUCCCUAUAUCGAACCCGUCUCCGCCUCCGAAGAUAUUGUUCGCAUGAUGGGUCACGUCCUCCUCGAAACACAACUCACCAUGACCCUCAUCGCACCUCCUGA